AUGUGAUAGGGAUGCGCGCGGAGGUUUGUGGGAGGUUCUUGAUGUUCAGGGAGGAGCAAUAGAAAUACAGGCUACGGCGGCGAGCGGAGGAUUCGAGCGCUAGAGCGAGCCGUUGUGACCGGCACAGUUAACCGUGGCCUGAGCUCGGGGGUCUGGGAAGAAAGAAGGGCUUGAAUUACAAUGAGCAAACGCAAGUUGAAGAAAGAGAGCUUCACAAAUGGGGAAUAUAUCUCAAAGGUGCAAAGAACAUUGCGUGAAAGAUUUUGUCAUCAGACUGCCAAUGGAAAGUUGUUUGGAAUUGAAUUUCAGUACAAUUCCUCUUGCAGAUGCUCCAGUGGCUGAACUGGUCUCAGGUGCUGUUAUGAACAAGGAGGGCCAAGAACAGCUGAAGGUGCCAAAGGAUAAGAAAUGUCAUUUGCUCCUCAGGAAAGCCCAUGAUGGCCACGGUCAUCAGAGCAGCAGCCACCAAUUGGAUCUUUACCUGUGCACCCAUCCUUUGGACAAAGGACCUCAUCCAGCACCAAGCCCAACAGAAUGUACACCUUACCUUCGAUUGCCCACACAGCCACAGGUUCCUUGUCAAUCACGUAAAGAGCCUUCUUUGCCCCUUCCAGUCCCUCCAACACCUAGGGGGCCCUCUUGGACACAGCUCAGGCAUUUACUUGAGCUGUUAAAACGUACUGCUGUCAAUGGUGAAAGCAAUUCUGCACUCAUUAUUGGACCACGAGGAUCAGGAAAGACUCUGUUGUUACGUCAUGUCUUAAAAAAAGUCAUGGAAGUAAAGCAAGUAAGGGAUAACAUCUUGCAAGUUCAUUUAAAUGGGCUGCUACAAACAAAUGACAAAAUUGCUCUCAAGGAGAUUACAAGACAACUAAAUUUGGAAAAUGUGGUUGGAGAUAAAGUUUUUGGUAGCUUUGCUGAAAAUCUUGCAUUUCUUCUUGAAGCAUUAAAGAGAGGUGACCGUGCCCACAGUUGUCCAGUACUGUUCAUAUUGGAUGAGUUUGAUCUCUUUGUUCAUCAUAAGAACCAGACUUUGCUUUAUAACCUCUUUGAUAUAUCCCAGUCAGCACAGACACCUAUUGCUGUUGUUGGUCUGACUUGUAGAUUGGAUAUUUUAGAACUCAUGGAGAAGAGAGUGAAGUCAAGGUUUUCCCACCGGCAAAUAUACUUAAUGAAUUCAUUUGAUUUUAAAAUAUAUCUGAAUAUUUGUAAAGAACAGUUAUCUCUGCCUCCAGAAUUUCCAGAAAAAUCCUUCACUGAGAAAUGGAAUAAGAAUAUACAGUCUCUCUUAGAAGACCAAACAGUGCAACAAGUGCUGCAAAAUCAAUUCCAUCAUAGCAAAGACCUGCGGUCUCUCUACAUGUUGUUGAUGCUUGCUUUAAGUAAUGUAACUGUGUCUCAUCCAUAUAUCAAUGCAUCAGACCUUCUUGGAGCAAGCAGUCUGUAUAGAAUGGAUUCAAAAGCAAAUAUUAUGCAUGGACUGUCUGUGCUGGAAUUCUGCCUCGUAAUAGCUAUGAAACAUUUAAAUGAUACAUAUGAAGGAGAACCUUUUAAUUUUCAGAUGGUUUAUAAUGAGUAUCAGAAAUUUGUUCAGAGGAAAGCACAUACUGUGUACAGUUUUGAGAAGCCUGUUGUCAUAAAGGCUUUUGAACAUUUGCAACAUCUUGAGUUGAUAAAACCUGUUGAAGGCCCAUCUACAUGUGCCCAGAGAGAAUAUUUGCUAAUGAAACUGCUUUUGGACAACAGUCAAAUUAUGAAUGCUCUGCAGAUCUAUCCAAAUUGCCCAACAGAUGUCAAACAAUGGGCUACAUCAUCGCUAAAUUGAUAGUGGGCUUUUGAAGCUUGAUGGAUCCUCUGAAAGUGUCCUUUAGUUCUUAAUUAACCAGACUAAGAAUCAGUGCUAUCAGUGGAAAGAUGCUGCAGGCAAUCAAUGUUUUUUCCUAAAACCGGAAUGUAUGUUAAAAUUUGUGGCCCUAAAACUGAAAUCUUGCUUUUUCAGAUGUUCUGUGUCUUCAUCAUGCUGUUUUAAUUGGAGUUGUAUUGAGAUUUGUCUUGCUUUAAUAAUUGUCUAAUAUAUCGACAAGAUAAAUGUUAACUUUAUAGCUUGGAGUAAAGCUAGAUGCAACAUUGA